AUGAUUAACUUUUUAGAUGGCCGUCUGUUGUCAGUCGCGCUGUCUGAAGUCGCGGGUGGCCUACACAGUCUGUGUGCUCUGAGUGGCCGUAUAUUUUGUGGUGGAUUAGACGGCCUAUUGUAUUCCGUCCAUGUGGCGGACUCCGAGGCUGCGUUUAGUCCAAACAGGGGCGUCCGACGGUGUUUUCGCAACUCCAAACUAUCAACCCUCCACAAGACUAUCACCGAACUCGCAUGGAGUCCAACACACCCUGAUCUGCUGAUUGUUGGCGCUCGCGGCGGCUACGUAGAAGUACUGCGCACCGACUCGCUGCUAACCUCUCUCCAGCAAUUUAGUGUGCUGAAUUCGGCCAUUACCACCGAUACUUCUACACCUUGCCAUCUAACCGGCCUAUGCCUUGUUCCCCGACCAGAUUGGCUGUCAGGGGGAGGCAGUCAGUUUAAGGCCGGCUUGUUGGACGCAACUUCUUCUGCGGUGUGUGAUGCUUCAAUUUCUGACCGAUCCGAAGCCGAUACUUCUGUAGCAACAAAAGCCUUUUGCGGCCUGGAACCCUUUAAACGACAUUUCGGUUGGCAGUUUGACGACUUGGUCAGAGUUCACCUACCAUCCACCUGUGAACGCACAAAUGUUUCGAAACAACAGGCGGAUAUCUAUAUGGACGAUUUCUACGAACCAAUCACCUCAGAGCCAUCAGAGGAGGUCCUGAGUGAGGUUGCUCAGUUACAAAACGAGGUCACCAAACUGACAGCAUCGAAUCGUAAACUUUUGCAAAAGUUGGUCGAGCAAGAGCUUCGCACCUGA